AUGCCUCAUGCAUACCAUCGUGCUUCGAAGCCAGCCAAUGAGGCUUUUAACAGUAUUCUUUCUCAAACUUCUGCUGUAGAAGUAAAACCAAGUGGAAGAACAGAACUUUCUGAAGAUCUGUUCACUGCAAAACACUCUUCCUUCUCUGCUCCAGUUCAAGGUUGGCAGGCGGGUCUUCCCCAGGGCAGGGGCAUCUCAAUGCAAUAUAAUAAUAAUGUGGCGCCCAUACCAAGUUUUUCGGAGCCAUCAAGGUCAACAAAUCCAUUUGAUGUCGGCAGCAAACAAACCCCAGAUCAAGACCCAGGUGUAUGUGACUUUCAUUGA